AUGAAAAAUCAUGCCUUCGGGACCGCCUUGGUCUCACUGCUGGCAGCUGCGGUAACCAAGGGCGACGCGGCUAGACGCUCCUCGCGCCUUGCUUUCACCUUCACGGCACCGGCGCCCACGCCGCGUUGCUUGAGCAACAGCAUUAGCAGCAACCGCCUCGGGUGCAGACCUUGCUCGAAAUCGCAACCGGCGACGAGACCUGGAGGAUGGCCCCGUGUGGGUACCCGCAGACGAGUGGCAAAUGUUGCUGUCCUAGGCUUGGCUGAUGAUGGAGCGACGGGGCCAGGCUUAGGUGAGACUUCGCUACCAGACGGCACAAGCCGGGGGCGGCGGCAGAGGCACAGACCGCGACCGAGCGGGGGCGGGAAGCGAGGAGGUUGGUUCAAUAGGGCGGCCGGUGUAGGCGGGGCAGGACAAGCGGUUCGAUGUGCAAAGCUUGGUGCCGCUUCGGUACCGUCGGAUUUCGGCGGGACGGAAGAGGCGGAGGAUAGAUGCAUCAGGCGACUCGAUUUGGCGGUCCGAAGAGUUUUUGCCGAUUACUAUUCCUGCACUGACGUGCGGGAGACGACAGAAUCACUGGGCGUGUUUCUGAAGGAGGCUACUGCUGCUCUGGAGCUAGACUGCUCCACCUCCCGCUCCGGAAGCGUAUUCCCCGCCCACCUCGCCUCCCGACUGAAGGCCCGGCUGCUACAGACUGCGGACCGGCUGAACUACCACCUGGACGGGGACAAGCCGAUGGUCCUCUACCGUCUUUGGAACAGGGGCCGGCCGAUCGACGUGUACGACCGAGAUCUGCUAAACUGUCCUCGCUGGAUAGAGCUUGUGGCUGAGACGAAGAGACAGAUGGACAAUCCUCCGGUGGUGGUGGAGGGGGAAAUUGGCACCAUCUGCUACCCGAGCGGCGACAUUUUCGAGGGACAUGUCGAUUCUCUUAUCCGAACCGCAAAAGCGGGAGAAGUCCCCUUGGCGGCGGCGUCUUACCCACCGCAGAACGCGAGACCCUUCGUAGAUGCUGAGUUGUCUUCUUCCGCCGACGCUACCGCAUCCUCUCGGGGAUUAGAGGGCAGCAGUAGCGGCGGUGACGGCGGAGGGGCCGUGACCCAAGACGUGCGUACGGUCUCGGGGCUGGUGUCCCUGACGAUAGCUUGCUUGGAGGAAGGGAUGUCCGACGAGGCGACCAUCCUGCAGCGGCACCUCCAAAGCCCUGACUUCGGGCACCCCCUCCUGAGGCUGGCCUCGCCGUCUGGCAACGAACCAGACCACCCGCACCUUCCCGACGAUCCCGAGAUGAACCCGGAGUUGCUUCGAGCAGAAGAAGAGCUGACCGAGGAGCACUUAGCCCUCGGAGAGAGAGGAGCCAAGGAGCUCAUGCACGACAGGCGUCGGGCCCAGCUAGACGUAUACCUCAUUUGCGCCGCUUAUCGACGCAACCUGCCCGAAGUAGAUGACGCUGCCAGCAGAGGCGGCUGGCAUCUCAAUGAGGAGGACGGUCGGAUUCUGGACGAGAUGAUCAGAGAGGCGGCGGCGAUGGACUCGCGGUGGUCUUGA